GCUGAGAAUGCGAAGCUAAAACAAAUUAUUGAAGAAAAUGCUAAACGCGAAGCCGAGAACAUUAACCUUAAGAUGGAACUAGAAAAAAAUAAAAAAAAUAUCACUUAUCUCUCAGCUGAAAAUUCUGAGCUUAAAAUCAAAGUGGCAAAAUUAAGCUGUGAUUUCGAGGAAAUAAAAUCAAAGGGAAUAAUCACCGAUUUUCCGGAGCAAUUGUCAAAUUCCGAGAAAAAGAUAGUAAGUGUUUCUACCGAAAUCGAAAAUUCUAGCAUUACCCCCGAACAAAUAGACUUACAUACUGGGAAUGUUUCGGCAUCAGAUAUAUCCGAUGACGCUUCAAAUUCUGAUGAUAUUCCCACAAAAGAAAUUUCGCCACUUAAUGAGAGUCAACCCGAUAAGAAGGAAGCUAUUACUCCCGACCCUAUAACCGGAAUAGAACAUAGCUCAACCCAG